UCCGAGGCGGCAGCCACUUCCGCAACACAGCCCGCAGUACCAGCCAUCUGACGCCGGCGAUCCUUCCCUCCCUUACUAUUUUGGCAGACGUCUACAAUAAACCAUGGCCGCAAGCAAAGCAACCCGCUUGGGAGAAGAAAUUUGGAAAACCCGUAUAGACAAAGUCAACGCCGAGCUCGUUACUCUCACCUACGGAACAAUUGUUGCGCAGUUGUGCAAAGAUUACGAUAGCGACUAUGUGGAGGUCAACAAGCAGCUAGACAAGAUGGGAUACAACAUCGGCCUUCGUCUCAUUGAGGAUUAUUUGGCAAAGUCGAACACAAUGAAGAGAUGCGCAAACUUUCGCGAGACCGCAGACGUCAUUGCAAGAGUCGGCUUCAAGAUAUUUCUAAAUAUCACACCACAGGUGACCAACUGGACGACGGACAACAAACAGUUCUCGCUUGUGUUUGACGAAAACCCCCUCGCAGACUUUGUCGAGCUGCCCGACGACGAGCGAGCGCAGGAUGAGCUCUGGUACUCCAACAUCUUUUGCGGAGUGUUGCGGGGAGCUCUUGAGAUGGUGCAGAUGCAGGUUGAAGCGCACUUUAUCAGCGACGUUCUGCGAGGCCACGACACGACGGAGAUGAGGGUAUCAUUAGUGCGGUACAUUGAUGACGAGCUUCCUCCCGAAGAUGACUAGAUGGUAUUACAUCUUGCCAUGCCACUUUGUUCUUUACUACACCCGGACAGCAGAUUCGAUGCUUCAAUGGGUUGUUCCGCCUCGAUACAAGCUUGCUAUCGUCGAUAGAAGGCUGGAAACAGCCCGCAGACUUGGUCCCCUAUUAGCUCGUGGAGAUGGAGGGGAACGCCAGCUUCAUCACCCACUACGGUACGCCAAGAGCACCUCCAUAGAACCAUGAGGCAGGGGAACAUCGA